GGCCACUUUGCUGCAAGUUCUCUCUCUGUCUCGCGGUGACUUGACUGAAAACAGCGCACGCACUCACCGGAGCGCCAGUUGUGCUCGUGGUUUACACUUUGUCCUCCGCACGGAGGACUUAAAUUAAACCGCGCUUUUUGUGUAUAUUUCACAAGAUUUACACAGGAAAUUUUCAGGGGAAAAGAGGCGACCGGAGAGAGAGGGGGGAGGAAUAACCAAAACGCAACACGUAUCCGGUGGGAUCCCACUCCUGAAAGAGAGACGCGGCUGGAGUUGGAGUGAAGGGUGCAAGGAAAGCCAGAGAGAAAGAAGAAGGGAGAGAUUUGGCAUCUCGCAGUAACUCGUUUUCAUUCAUAAAGAGGAAUAAUGAGGACCGUUUGGAUAAUUUUGACCCUCGGGCUGACCGCCUUCCUCUGCGGGGAAACGGUAGCAGAAGUAGCCAAGACUUCCUCUCAGACUGAUGACCUGUAUCUGGAUGACACAGGCUCAGGAGGUUACUACCCUGAAGAUGAUGAUGACUUUAACUCAGGGUCUGGCUCAGGUGGAGGUGAAGUGGUGGAGGAAACAGUGACUGUCAGUACAGUUUAUAUUGAGCCCAAUGCAGCACAGCCUACCAGGGACUCCACCAAAGACUUCACCCCCAGGGUGGAUACAGCCACAGUCAGAGAAAAGGCCAAGGCUAGUGUACCAAGGAAACCAUUCAGAACAACAGAGGCACCCGUGCCAGUUACAGAGGACAUGCAGAGGAACCAUAUGACUAGUACGACUAGUGUCCCCGGCUCACCACAGGAGGCUGUUGAGGUCCGCACUGAAAACCUCUUCCAGAGGACAGAGGUGUUAGCAGCUGUUAUUGCAGGUGGUGUGAUCGGCUUCCUGUUUGCUAUCUUCCUCAUCCUCCUCCUGGUCUACCGCAUGAGGAAGAAGGAUGAGGGCAGCUAUGACCUGGGAGAGAGGAAACCCUCCAGUGCAGCCUAUCAGAAGGCCCCAACCAAGGAGUUUUAUGCAUAAAACCCCACCCUCCCAUCACUAGAUCAACAAAAACUUGUUCAACACAAGAAACAACAACAAAAUGUUUUCAAGUUAAUUAAGGAAAAAUUGCAUAAAGGAAAGCUUUUGCAAAGAGUAUUGUAAUUAAGACCUUUUCCUUCUUCUUUUUUUUAAAUGAAAACCAAGUAUUUCUCAUUUUAUGGCAAACUCUCAAGUGCAUUAUUUUGUGUAUUAUUUGAAACGGUGAAAAAAUUUAAACAGGAUCUGUAAAGGCGAGGAAACCGAUCGCACCUGUCUUCUGUUAAAGGAGCUGUUUUUAGUCGCUGACUACUUUUAACUGUAGCAGUAUGUUAUUUUUAAAGAAAAAGUGGAUAUAAUUGAAUAUAAUUAUUCUGUAUCAAUGCUACUUUCUUUUCUUUUUUUCUUUUUAUUUUGUCCUAGCAUGUCUGAUGUUGAUCUCUAAAGGUGUAUUACAUUAAUUUAUCUUUUCUCUGAUGUUAAAAAACAUGCCUUCGUAGUUUUGAAGAAGCUCUUCGGUCAUAUUAAUGCAGCUAACGGUCAAUGUAAAUGUUCUUCCUUCAGGUUACAAUGUUUAUUAUAUGCGCUCACAACAGUUUUUUUUAGUCAAACAUGAGCAUUUCAUUAUGUCUUGUUUACUUGUCUUCUCGUUGUAGCUUUUUUUUCUCUUUCCAACAGGGUUUUAUUUUCACUCAUGAAUUUGUCUGUAAAAGAUAAAAAAAAGUGUGUCAGGGCUCAAGAAAAUUCACAAAUCUCACUUCUGUUUCGUGUCUUGCUGACUUUUCUAUUUAAAUACAUUUGCAAUCACAUUGUACAUUCACCAUGUUUGUACCCAACACUUUCCAACUGCUGUCAUGCAGCUUUGCAUGCAUGUGA